AUGGCAUCACACGGUGUGAAUCCUUGUCCCUCUGAAGCCUCUAGCAUCUCAUCAACUUCCAAAGAUGAGAAUAUGGCCAUGAAACUGAGUGAGAUUGGUCUCAAGCCUGAACUAGAUCAGGCUUCCAGUUCCAAACCCUUGGCGCUGCUAGAUCUCUUGAAGCUUUCCAAUGGCGAUAAGGUUGCUGCUCCUGAACCAAAUGUUGAACUUGAUCUGUUCAAGCCAUCAGGUAAUAAUGUUGUUGGUUCAUCUAAUUCUAGGGUUCAUGACACUGAAGGCAUUGAGGAAAACGAAAACUCAAAGACAGAGGCAAAGAGUUUCUCAUGCAACUUUUGCAAGAGAAAAUUCUCUACCUCACAAGCUUUGGGAGGGCAUCAAAACGCUCAUAAAGGAGAGCGUGCCUUUGCAAAACGUCGUCAAACCCUUGGUGUUGGUGCUGGUAGUUUUGAUCACUUUCCUUAUUACCCUUAUUCAACACUUUCUAAUUUCUAUGAAGGAUCCUUUAAUAAUAAUGCACUUGGGGUUCGAAGCGACUCCACGAUUCACAAGAAGCCUUUCUAUCCUUCUUGGUACUCCACUAGUUCCAUGUAUGGUCACGCUUGGUCAAAUCAGGGUCAGAGAAUUCUAAACUCUUCAGCACUUGGUGGCUUUGGAAUUCUGAGAAGUGGUGCAACUCCAAGUUCAAGGCUAGAGGAUGAUAAUGGUACCGCUAGAAGACUUCCUCUUUCAGCAAAUGCUGCUACCAUUUCAUCAAGCCAAGCAAUAAACAAACCAACCCUAACAGCAACCGCUGAUCAUCAUUCUGUGCCAGAAGAAGCCGCCAAAGCUGAAUCUUCUGAUCUUGAUUUGUCACUUAAGCUUUGA